AUGUCUAAAUGCUACUUCGACAUGGAAUGGCAAGGUCCGGUUCUGGACGCCAACAACAAGCCCACGUCUGAGGUCAAGGUGCAGAAUGGACGCAUCAUCUUCAACCUCUUCGAUCAGGACGUCCCCAGGACCGCCACUAAUUUCAGGGAGCUGUGCAAAAGACCGAAGGGCCAGGGCUACGUGGGCUCCUCCUUCCAUCGCAUCAUCCCCGAGUUCAUGCUCCAGGGCGGUGACUUCACCCGUGGCAAUGGUACCGGCGGCGAAUGUAUCUAUCCGGGCGGGAAGUUCGCCGAUGAGAACUUCAAGCUGAAGCACUCGCGCCCCUUUCUGCUCUCCAUGGCCAAUGCUGGCCCCAACACCAAUGGCUCCCAAUUCUUCAUCACGACCGUCAAGACGUCCUGGCUGGACGGCCGUCACGUCGUCUUUGGCGAAGUCGUCGGCGAAGAGUCCCAGAAGGUUGUAAAGGCUAUCGAGGCUUGUGGCCGACGGGAUGAUGGCAAGGUUAUCUACGAGAAGAAGCCCACCAUCGUGGCCUGUGGCGAGCUCCAAGAAUAA